GUUACACUAUAGUUAUGGUUAAAGGAAAAUCGAAGAGUUGCAGGAUGUUGGAAGACCAAAGAUACCUUUUCCUAUAUAAUAGGUAAAACUAUCCCCUCUCUCUGGAGGUUCACCUCUUUCCUUAUAAUUCCGGCAGCAUCUCUCAAUCCAUCAUUGCCACAUACUCCUAGGUAGUAGAGAAAUGAUGCAAAGCUGAUAAACCAGGCAAUACCUUUCUCCACCGAAUCAACCAAAAGAAAAGGGAAAGAAGGCUCGGCAGCAUACUCCUACUUGACUUGACUUGACUUGACUUGACUUGGGGUGAAGUGAAAAGGCCGCCGGAAAGAAAGGCAACAAGAAUAAACCGGAGCGCAAGCCUUUUCUGUUCCUUGCUUGCCGCAGCCAAAGGGAAACUUUUCCACAGAAGCUUCCAUCGCAAAUUCGCAAUACAAUACACACGCACGCUGCUUCUUCUUCUUCUUCUUCUUCUUCUCUCCCUAUCUAUCCCCUAUAAAACCCCAUUCGCUCUUGCCAUCCAUCCCCAUCCAUCCUUCCCUCCCUCCCCUUCCCCUGAGCUGUGCUGUGAGGGUGGGGGGCCGGGGGCAAACCAAACCGUUCAAUCCGUCCGAGUCCAUCCUCUUCUCAGGCCUCGGCUCCUACCAUGGCUUCCAGGUGGGCCCCGCUGCCGGCCGGCCUCCUCCUGCUCCUGCUGCUGGCGGUCCUGCUGCCGGCGCGCGCGGACAGGCCGGCGAGGACCGCCCACGCGGACGACGACCCGGAGGCCUCCUCCGCCGUCUUCCAGCUCUACGGCAACGUCUACCCCCACGGGCUCUACUACGUGGCCAUGAGCAUCGGCAACCCGGCGAAACCAUACUUCCUUGACGUCGACACCGGCAGCGACCUCACCUGGCUGCAGUGCGACGCCCCCUGCGUCAGCUGCUCCAAGGUGCCACACCCGCUCUACAGACCAACAAAGAACAAGUUGGUACCCUGUGUUGAUCAGCUGUGCGCCUCUCUGCACGGUGAGCUGAGUAGAAACCACAAGUGCGACUCACCCAAGCAGCAGUGCGACUAUGAAGUUAAGUAUGCCGACCAGGGUUCAUCACUUGGGGUGCUCGUCAACGACACUUUUGCGGUCCGCCUUGCGAAUGCCUCCGUUGUCCGCCCCAGCCUUGCAUUCGGGUGUGGGUAUGACCAGGAGGUCGGGAGCAGCACCGAGGUGGCGCCCACUGAUGGUGUGCUUGGGCUUGGGAGUGGAUCCAUCAGCCUGCUUUCACAGCUCAAACAGCAUGGGAUCACCAAGAACGUGGUUGGCCACUGCCUCAGCAUGAGAGGAGGGGGAUUCCUCUUCUUUGGGGAUAAUCUCGUGCCUUAUUCACGUGCAACAUGGGUACCAAUGGCUAGGAGUGCAUUCAGGAAUUAUUACUCACCUGGCUCAGCAAGCCUGUAUUUUGGUGUCCGGUCACUUGGCGUGAGACCAAUGGAAGUAGUACUCGACAGCGGAAGCUCAUUCACCUACUUCUCUGCACAACCAUAUCAAAUGCUCGUCACUGCACUUAAGGGUGAUCUAAGCAAGACGCUGAAAGAGGUGUCUGACCCCUCUCUGCCUCUAUGCUGGAAAGGAAAGAAGCCAUUUAAAUCCGUGCUUGAUGUCAAAAAGGAGUUCAAAUCAUUGGUUCUGAACUUUGCGAAUGGCAAGAAAGCGCUCAUGGAGAUCCCUCCUGAGAACUACCUCAUUGUCACCAAAUACGGAAACGCGUGUUUGGGCAUCCUUAAUGGAUCAGAGAUUGGACUCAAGGAUCUGAACAUUGUCGGAGAUAUUACAAUGCAGGAUCAGAUGGUGAUAUAUGACAAUGAGAGAGGGCAGAUUGGAUGGAUCCGAGCACCCUGUGAUAGAAUCCCCAAGUAUUUCUGGAGUUGGCUUUCGGAUCUUCAAGAACUGAAACUUGAGCAACUGAACCUACCCUUGUGCGCUAACUGAAACCUUAGCAACCAACUGAAGAAGUGUGUUGCUGCCACGCUGCAACUCGUUACCUGAUGUUUGAUGGAACCGAGGGAAGAUUGAUGCCAUGGGUUUAGAUCUUGCGAUAGUCAUUCUUUAGUUGUGAUGAUGUUUGUAAGGUGAUGCUGUUAGUCCCAGCCUCCUAGGUAUGUAGUGAAUGCCAGUCAGUUUAUUUCAGUAUAAUCUGUAGAAUUGUUCUUUGUGUGGUAGUCUUUGGCGAUGUUUGUGAUGCUUCCAAUAAAAUCACCUUGUUUCGGAACUGA